AAUCAAAGUUUGAUUGAGAGGAGAAGAAGGGUUUGGUCUGCAAUGGAAUCUUCAGCAGUAAACCAAAUUGAAGGCAACAAUAAGAAUUGGGAGCAUGAUGAAGAAAGCUUCGCAUAUGCUUCCCAGAUCGCGAGAUCUUGCGUGUUGCCCAUGUCUAUGCACGCUGCAAUUCAGCUGGACAUAUUCGAGAUCAUUGCCAAAGCUGGUCCGGAUGCCAAGCUCUCCCCGAAGGAGAUAGCUGCCCAGUUACCCACCACGAAUCCAGAGGCACCCUCCAUGCUGGACCGCAUACUUCGAGUCCUAGCCAGCCAUGGUAUCGUUGGUUGCUCCAUGGUCGACGAUGCUGAUGAGGAGGGUAAUCCUCAGAGAGACUAUGCUUUGACGCCCGUCUCCAGAUUCUUUGUACGGAAUGAAGAUGGAGUUUCAUUAGCUCCCGUGAUGGCCUUGCUUCAAGAUAAGGUUUUCCUUGAUAGUUGGUCGCAGCUGAAGGAUGCGAUUCAAGAAGGAGGAAUUCCAUUCAAUAGAGUUCAUGGAAUGAACGCAUUUGAAUACCCUGCCAAAGAUCCCAGAUUCAACCAAGUUUUCAAUACUGCCAUGAAGAAUAACACCACUUUGGUAAUGAAGAACAUCCUGAACGUCUACAAGGGAUUCGCCGACCACCUCGACCAAGUGAUCGUGGAUGUCGGCGGCGGGCUCGGAGUGGCCCUCAGCUUCAUCACUUCCAAGUAUCCCUCAAUCAAGGGAAUUAACUAUGAUUUGCCUCAUGUUAUUCAACAUGCCCCGCCCAUCCCCGGUGUUGAACAUGUAGUCGGGGAUAUGUUCCAAAAUGUUCCCAAAGGGGAUGCAAUUUUUAUGAAGUUCAUUCUUCACGAUUGGAGCGACGACCAUUGUUUAAAACUAUUGAAGAAUUGUUACAAUGCGAUUCCGGAGAAGGGAAAGGUUAUAGUGGUUGAUGCCGUGCUUCCGGAUCAACCCGAGACUAGUGCUCAAGUGAGAUGCAUUUCCCAGGGGGAUGUACUGAUGAUGACACAGAAUCCAGGAGGAAAAGAGCGAACCAGACAUGAAUUCCAAGCAUUGGCAACUAAAGCUGGAUUUAGUGGCAUACGAUAUGAGUGUUGUGUUUGUAGGUUGUGGGUCAUGGAGUUCUUCAAGUAAUUGGGCUCUGGUUGCAUUGCUUUCAAUUUUCUUAUGUUCAAUGCUCUAUGAGACGGAAUCAAAUCAGAAUGUUAAUUACUAAAUAAUGAUGCUCUCGUUACUGAUUUCA